AAAACUUAUCCGAGGGCGACGGCCGACAUAGAUUGUUAUUUAUUAUUAUUACUAAUCUUUCACUAAUUAAUUGUUUAUUUCACGAAACCUAUGAAGCGAUCGGACUGAAAUUAAUAUUAAAGCCUUGACUAGAUAAAAAAGAUUUUGGAAUCGGUCAUUGUAUGGUAUGUUACUAGAGCUAUCUUAACCUGGCUACAACUACAACAGUACAACUUUAGUCUGUCUCUGUAGUUUGGUGAAAUGUUGUCUUUUACAAAGACACUCUCCAGUUUACCUUCAAGUUUAAAUUUUUGUGUUAAGUGUCUGACUACUUCUACGGUCAAUCCUUCCAUUAGAAAACGAGAUAAGGAUUACUGGCCUGGUGGCAUAAAAUGUUAUGGAUUUACAUACUAUCCUCGACCUGGUGAGGUUGAACCAGUCAUAAAACCAGCCAAAUUAUUCAUGGUGCAGAGAUUCAGGAGCUUGUUCGGCCAACCGUACUGGGUGAAGGACAUUAUUGCCCAAUUAAAACUUGACACAGAUCAAGCUGACAAGAGAAUCGUGAAAAACACUCCUCACGUCAACAAACUAUUGUGGAUCGUAAAACACAUGGUAAAGAUAACUCCGAUCACGUUUCCCUAUGGUGAACCAAAGGAGGGCGAUGAAGGAUAUUUGAACGAUAAAGGUCAGUUUAUCCUUAUCAAGAAAAUCGGAUCUGGAGUCGAUGAGUCACGUUUGGAAGCUUCUCAUAAAUUCUUCAAAGACCCAUUGAAAAUGGAGGCUGACACAAUCAAGAAGAAGUAUAGAGACAAAUGGUUGACCUCUAGAAACUAGUGGUCUAGAAUUUGUUGAGUUUCUUGUAUUAAUAAAAGUGGUUUAUUUGCAAA